CCGGCCUUCCCCGGGUGGCGCUCCGUUACACGCCCGGCCGUCCGUGUCUCUGUCCUCCCCUCCGCUAAUGGACGCUGCCGGCAGGGUCACCGCUUCGCUGUGUCCUUGCGGACGCCGGGCGGACUGCGCAGAGUAGACGCGCGCCUGCGAGCGAGCGAACGGCCGUGUUCCGAGGAGAGCAGCGGUCGUGGGCACCCCAGCGAUGUUGUGUCGGGCGGCGUGCAGCAUGGGCAGGAGGCUGGGCCCGGUGGCCGGUGCCGCUGGCUCCCGGCACAAGCACAGCCUCCCCGACCUGCCUUACGACUAUGGCGCGCUGGAGCCGCACAUUAACGCGCAGAUCAUGCAGCUGCACCACAGCAAGCACCACGCGACCUACGUGAACAAUCUGAACGCCACCGAGGAGAAGUACCACGAGGCGCUGGCCAAGGGAGAUGUUACAACUCAGGUUGCUCUUCAGCCUGCACUGAGGUUCAAUGGUGGAGGACAUAUUAAUCACACCAUUUUCUGGACAAACCUGAGCCCUAAGGGUGGUGGAGAACCCAAAGGAGAGUUGCUGGAGGCUAUCAAGCGUGACUUUGGGUCUUUUGAGAAGUUUAAGGAGAAACUGACAGCCGUGUCUGUGGGAGUCCAAGGUUCAGGCUGGGGCUGGCUUGGCUUCAAUAAGGAGCAAGGUCGUUUACAGAUUGCUGCCUGCUCUAAUCAGGACCCAUUGCAAGGAACAACAGGCCUCAUCCCGCUGCUGGGGAUUGAUGUGUGGGAGCACGCUUACUACCUUCAGUAUAAAAACGUCAGACCUGACUAUCUGAAAGCUAUUUGGAAUGUAAUCAACUGGGAGAAUGUUACUGAAAGAUACUCAGCUUGCAAGAAGUAAAGCCUUACGGCUGGCCACGUCGAGUACGCCAGGCCCCUGCUGUUCUGUAGUAGUGUAGAGCACUGCAGCACUGUGACUGAGAUGCUGUAAUCGUUACUGAUGUCUGUCCACAUAUGUGAUGAGCAUAAUGUUAUGAUAAUUUCUUAUUUUAAUUAAAUUUAUUAUCAGGCAACUGUUUGAGAACA